UUCUCUCCCACCCUGAGGCUCACCUAAACCUUGGCCCGGGAGAGAAGUCAUGCGGAGCCCAGAAUAGCUCCUGCUGAACCCAGUGGCCAGGUCAGCCUCGGCUCAGGGACACGGAGACACUCUCCUUGCAUCUGUUCCCGUCCCCUCCUCCUCUCCUCCUCUCUGCCUUUGGCCCCUACCUCUCCUCCCCGAGCCCCCAGCCCCCUUCCCCCGCGCUCCCACGCUGCCCUCAUGAGCUGGUCCCCGGAAGGGUGCAGGGAGCAGGGCGAGCCCCCUGGUGACCGACAUGCCCUCUGUGCCAGGCUGGUGGAGAAGCCCAGCGGAGGGUCCGCAGAGCGCCCGGAGUCAGGCCCGGGACCCAUCGUCACCCGCACGGCAUCGGGACCCGCCUUGGCCUUCUGGCAGGCAGUGCUGGCCGGGGAUGCGGGCUCUGUCUCCUGCAUCCUCGCCGACUCCAGCACAGGCCUGGCUCCGGAUUCCGUCUUUGAUACCAGCGACCCAGAGCGAUGGAGGGAUUUCCGCUUCAACAUCCGUGCUCUGAGACUCUGGUCGCUGACGUACAAAGAGGAGCUGACCACCCCCCUGCACGUGGCGGCCAGCCGGGGCCACACGGAGAUCCUGCGGCUGCUGCUGAGACGGCGGGCGCGGCCAGACAGUGCCCCGGGGGGCCGCACCGCCCUGCACGAGGCCUGUGCCGCAGGCCACGCUGCCUGCGUGCACGUGCUGCUGGUGGCAGGAGCCGACCCCAACGUCCCUGACCAGGAUGGGAAGCGCCCCUUGCACCUCUGCGGCGCGGCCGGCAGCCUCGAUCCCAGCGUGCAGAGCCCUGGCUUGAGAGAGGGCACUAAAGAUGCUGCAGGAUAUUGCUGGAUGCCCAGUGCCAGGCAGGACGGAAGGUGUGCAGAGCUGCUCCUGAAGUUUGGAGCAAAAGUGGAUGGUCGGUCCGAAGAGGAGGAGGAGACCCCUUUGCACGUGGCCGCCCGGCUGGGCCACGUGGAGCUGGCAGACCUACUUCUCAGACGGGGAGCAUGUUCCAGCGCCCGCGACGCUGAAGGCUGGACCCCGCUGCUGGCCGCCUGUGACGCCCAGGCCACCACCACCCACUGCCUCCAGCUGUGCCGCUUGCUGCUCUCGGCCGGGGCCGACGCCGACGCUGCUGAUCAGGACAGGCGGCGGCCCCUGCACCUGGCCUGUCGCCGAGGCCACGCGGACGUCGUGGAGCUGCUCCUGUCCUGCGGCGUCAGCGCCAACGCCAUGGACUAUGGGGGACACACGGCCCUGCACUACGCGCUGCGGGGCCCGGCCGCAGCCCUGGCCCAGAGCCCAGAGCGCACGGUGCGGGCGCUGCUCAACCACGGUGCCGUCCGCGUGUGGCCUGGGGCUCUCCCCAAGGUGCUGGAGCGCUGGUGCACGUCCCCGCGGACCAUUGAGGUCCUGAUGAACACCUACAGUAUCAUGCAGCUUCCUGAGGAGGCGGUGGGCCUGGUGCCUCCUGAAACUCUGCAGAAGUACCACCAUUUCUACUCCUCCCUCUUGGCCUUGGUGAGGCAGCCCAGAUCGCUGCAGCAUCUGAGCCGCUGUGCCCUCCGCGCUCACCUGGCGGCCCGCCUGCCCCAUGCCCUGCCCCGCCUGCCCCUGCCAGCCCGCCUGCUCCGCUACCUGCAGCUGGAUUUCGAGGAUGUGCUCUACUAGAUGUCCACUGCCUUUUGAGAGAGUCUGAAAGCAGAUGCCCCGUGCCCUAGGGGAUGCCAGCCCACGGCUCACAGCGCCUGGAACUCAGGACUGAGUUGAACGGAUCCAGGCGGAGGUGGCCCUCUCAACAGGCAGAUGUGGAUGCUGUCAUUCCCACCAGGAGAGGCAGAUGGGCCAUGUGGCCAGGUGACAUCUGAUGGAGAGAGAGCCGGGACUCAUGGCAAAUGACAUAUACUCCUCUUGGGGGUCCCCUGAGGCCCCCUCCAGCUUGUCCAAACCCUGUAUGCACAUUAAAAAUCUCCAGGCCUG